AUGGCCAUCGUCAAGUGUAACCAGCUCCCUGGGCUUUAUGACACGACGGACUCGACGUAUGCAACCGCCGACCUCGUCAUCUGGACCAGCAUCGAAUCGAACGUGAUUAUCAUGGCCUCGAGCAUUCUGACCCUCGACCGACUCUACGAGAUGGUCCGCGGCCGACGCUCGUGGAGUUCCCUCCAGCGGUACUACAAGGGCAACGCGAUCGAGCUCGCCACCUCGCGCAACCGCCCGUUCAGAAAGCCGAUGAACUACAUGCUCACGCACGAUGAGCUGCUGAUGACCAACAUUGGGACUUUAAAGAAUGGCAGUGAGCACAACAUUCUACCAAGGGAGAUACGGAACCAGGGUUAUGCAAUGGGUCAGAUCAACCGAACGGAUAAAGUGGUGGUCGAGUAUGAAAAGGCGUGUUCAAAGACACAGAAACAGAAGCCAGUAGUAUAA